AUGUCACGCUUUGGUGCUGGUACUCCAUUGAUAAUGGGUAUACAUUUGGCCAUUCAUCCUGAGCGGUCGCUCAUUGCUACUGGUCAGUUUGGGAAGGAUCCUUACAUCUGUGUUUGGGAUUCAAACAAUGUACAGACAGUGUCCAUUCUCAAGGAUGGUCAUACACAUGGUAUCGGCUCUCUCGCAUUCAGCCCUGACGGCUCGAGAAUUGUAUCUGUUGGUCUGGAUCCUAACAACAUCAUGAAUGUGUGGGACUGGAAGAAAGGCAAGAUCUUAUCAACUGUAAAAGGUCAUUCAGCCAGGAUAUUUGAUUGCCAGUUCAACCCACAUAAAGAAGGUACCCUGGUGAGCUGUGGCAUGAAGCACAUUAAGUUCUGGACUCUCUGUGGGAAUGCUCUGACGGCUAAGAAAGGUGUCUUUGGCAAGGUGGGAGACAUCCAGACUAUGCUGUGUCUAGGGUUUGCACCUAAUGAUGACAUCACCUAUGCAGGAACCCUCAGUGGGGAUAUCUAUGUAUGGAACGGGACCAACUUACAGAGAGUUAUACAGGAUGCUCAUAGGGGUAGCAUCUAUACAAUGGAUAGUGCUGAAGGAGGCUACGUGACUGGAGGAAAAGACGGAUGUCUAUGUCUAUGGGACCCAGAUUUCAGACAUAUCACAAAGAUAGACCUACAUAAGACCAACCAAGGAUACCCAGGUCUUUCCAUCCGUAGUGUUCACUGGCUUGGUGAACACAUCUUAGUUGGUACACAUGACAGUGAGAUCCUUGAAGUGUUUGUACGAGAGAGAGAUAGACCUAAGGUGUUGGUUCAAGGUCAUGCUGAGGGAGAGCUCUGGGCACUCACAGUACAUCCAAAGAAACCAAUCUUUGCCACUGGCAGUGAUGAUCAAAGUGUAAGGAUAUGGAACAGUGAAGAUAAGACGUUACUGAAGAAGACAGAGAUGGAGCAAAAUGUGAGAUCAGUAGCUUUCAACCAUGAUGGCAGCCAGCUUGCUGUUGGUAUGUCAGAUGGAUCUUUCACAGUACUCAAAGCAAAAGAUCUUUCAGAAAUCAUUCACAUCAAGGAUCGCAAGGAGGUCCUUCACGAGAUGAAGUAUUCCCCCGAGGGUCACUACCUUGCUGUAGGUUCUAAUGAUAACUUUGUAGAUGUGUAUGCUGUAGAGCAACGCUACAAGAAGGUUGGCCAGUGUUCUGGUAGCAGUAGUUUCAUCACUCAUCUGGAUUGGUCAGAGGAUAGUCAGUACCUUCAGACAAACAGUGGAGCUGCUGAGAGACUCAUCUAUAAGAUGCCUGGUGGGAAGCAUGUGACUAAUCGAGAUGAGAUCAAACAGAUCCACUGGUACUCCUGGACCUCUGUCCUUGGGGCUGAAGCCAAUGGUAUCUGGCCCAAGUACUCAGACACCAAUGAUGUCAAUGCAGUUGAUGCAAACUAUCCUGGACUGGCGAUGGUGACGGGAGAUGAUUUUGGCCUUGUCAAGCUCUUCAGAUUCCCCACAUUGAAACGAGGUGCCAAGUUUAGGAAGUACGUUGGUCAUUCUGCCCAUGUGACCAAUGUGCGAUUCACCCAUGAUAGGAGGUAUGUAGUGUCUGUAGGAGGUGGUGAUCAUGCUGUCUUUCUAUGGAGGUAUAACCCUGAGGGUGUUCAGCCCGAUGAAGACCUUGGUACAGGCCAUGAUACAGGAUAUAUGGAUUCAAACAGUGAGGACAGCGACUCAGACAUGUCUGAUAUCGGUGAUCUCGACUCUGACAUCGAGAAGGAGAAGGAGAUAGACUACGAGAGGGCUGUUUACAAGGAGGACCUGGACCAACUCAAGAGACAGAACAAGACCAAUAACUCUACGGGAGAGAAGAGACGAGAUGGCCCGAAUAGAGGAAUGAGGCUAGACUUUGUUCAUGGCUAUCGAGGGUAUGAUUGUCGUAACAACCUGUUCUACACUCAAGCAGGAGAGGUGGUAUUUCACGUUGCAGCAGCUGGUAUCAUCUACAAUCGUGAGACACACUCCCAACGAUUCUUCCUCGGACACACCGAUGACAUUCUAUGCUUAUGUAUUCAUCCACGCAAAGAUUAUGUGGCAACUGGACAGGUUGGCAGAGAUCCAUCUAUCUACAUUUGGGAUUGUGAAACACUGAAACCACUUGCUCUCUUGAUGGGCCAGCACAAGAGAGGAGUUUGUGCUCUGGACUUUUCAGCUGAUGGUAAGAAGCUAGCCAGUGUGGGUCUCGAUGACAAUCAUUGCAUCGUGGUAUGGGACUGGAAGAAAGGUGAAAAGCUAGCCACAACAAGAGGACACAAAGACAAGAUCUUUGUCAUCAAGUGGAAUGCUCAUGAUAAUGAUAAGCUGGUCACCGUUGGAAUGAAACACAUCAAAUUCUGGACUCUAGCUGGUGGUGGGUUAACCUCAAAGCGUGGUACCUUUGGUAACGUUGAAAAGCCUGACACCAUGAUGUGUGUUUGCUAUGGGAGAUCACCCGAGAUGACAUACUCUGGAGGUGCUAAUGGUAGGAUAUACCACUGGCAGGGUACCACUUUAAAAAGGGCAGUCAAAGCACAUGAUGGUCCCUGCUUCGCCAUGCAUUCCUUGGACAAGGGCUUUGUGACAGGUGGAAAGGAUGGUAUGAUUGCUCUAUGGGAUGAGGCCUUUGAACAAUGUCUCAAGACCUACGCUGUCAAGAAGUCUAGCCUGUCUCAUGAUUCUCAUGGUACGCUGACCAGUGACAUGCCAGCCAUACGGUCAGUGGUGCUUGGACAUGGACACAUUCUAGCAGGGACCAAAAACAGUGAGGUUCUACAGAUAGAGAAGAGUGGACCUAUCAAACUACUCGUCCAGGGUCACAUGGAGAGUGAGAUAUGGGGUUUGGCCGCUCACCCAUCCAAGGAUGUCAUAUCAACAGUCAGUGAUGACCAGACGUUACGUCUAUGGGACAUUGGAGAAGCUAACAAGCUGCUAAAUGUUAGGAAGCUAAAGACUGGUGCAAGGUGUUGUGAUUUCUCUCCUGAUGGCAAAGGAUUGGCUGUAGGAUACAAAGAUGGUAGUUUUGCUGUACUGGACAGUGAAACUCUUAAUGACAUCGCUGGAUUCCAUCACAGAAAAGAAGAAAUAUCUGACAUCAAAUUCUCACCUAAUCCUGGUAAAUACCUAGCUGUAGCAUCCCACGACAACUAUGUGGAUAUCUACAAUGUAAUGAACAGCAAGAGGGUUGGUACAUGUAAAGGAUCAUCGAGUUAUAUCACACAUACAGACUGGGAUGGUUCAGGGAAGCUUGUUAUGUCUAAUUCCGGUGCCAAGGAGCAGCUGUUUUUUGAAGCCCCACGAGGCAAGAGGCACGCAAUACGUAACAUGGAGAUAGAACGUCUCAACUGGGCAUCUUGGACCUGUGUCCUGGGACACACCUGUACUGGUAUCUGGCCGGCUAAGAGUGAUGUGACUGAUGUGAAUGCUGGAUGCUUGUCACAUGACCGUAUGACUUUUGCAACGGGAGAUGACUUUGGAUAUGUUAAACUGUUCCAGUGGCCUGUUGUGGGGAAGAAUGCGAAGUUCAAGAAGUAUGUCGGACAUAGUGCCCAUGUGACCAAUGUGAGGUGGUCGCAUGAUGAUCGAAAGCUGAUAUCUGUCGGUGGUGCCGAUACCUCUGUCAUGGUUUGGUCUCGAGAGGGCGUUGGUGAAGGUAACGCAUGUGGAGACAGCGAUGAUUCCGACACAGACUCAGAAGAAGAAGGUUAUGACAGUGAUGUUCAACGUGAGAAGGACAUGGAUUAUUCAGCUAAGACGUACACGAGUCCAAGGAGAGAAAUGGCUGGAGUCAAACCUCAUCUACAAAAUGUAGAGAAUGAUGAUAUGCCUAGUGUAAGCAGGGCGGCAGCCAGGCCUCCUAAAGUUAGGAAGAGUGAUGUAGAUACAGGCAAGAGGAAAAGGCCUGGCAAAGUCGAGGAGUUAGUACUUCAGCAUAUCCAUGGCUAUAGAGGCUUUGAUUGUAGAAACAACCUCCAUUACCUCAAUGAUGGUGCUGAUAUUGUCUAUCAUGCAGCUGGAGCUGGCAUCGUCCAAAACCUUGAAAAGGGAAGCCAGAGCUUUUACCUUGAGCAUACAGAUGACAUCAUAUGCCUGACUGUCAACCAGCAUCCCAAGUAUCCCAACGUGGUUGCGACCGGUCAGAUAGGUGAAACGCCUGCGGUCAAUGUAUGGAAUGCAGAAACAAAGGAAACGCUGUCCAUCAUACGAGGGUUCCACACUAAGGGUGUCUGCUCGGUCAACUUCAGUGCAUCGGGGAAGCUACUACUGACUGUUGGCAUUGACAAGAACCAUUCAUUUGCAGUCUGGAGAUGGCAAGAUGGUACUAGGAUUGCCAGUGGCGUUGGACACACAAAGAGAAUCUUUGUUGCCGAGUUCAGACCAGACUCUGAUUCUCAGUUUGUGACUGUUGGUGUAAAGCAUGUCAAGUUCUGGACCGUAGCAGGUAGUCAACUCCUGGGCAAGAGAGGAUUACUCAAGAGAUCUACUACCAAUCCACAGGAAUCAAAGAUGCAAACCAUGCUUUCAAUAGCGUUUGGAGCAAAUGAUACAACAUACACAGGAUCUAUGUGUGGUGAUGUGUAUGUAUGGAAGGGUCAUAUGUUAACUAAAGUAGUUACCAGAGCUCAUCAGGAUGCGGUAUUCACCCUCUACACAACUCUCAAAGAUGGACUUAUAGUCUCGGGAGGCAAGGAGAAAGCUGGACGUAGCGGAAAUGCGGUGAAGUUAUGGGACCAAGACAUGAAGAAAUGUAGAAAUUUUCAACUGAGUACAGGAAACAAGAUGGAUGUUGUUAAGAGUGUCUGUCGGGCAAAGGGAAAGAUCUUGCUAGGCACUAAGGAGAGUGAGAUAUUUGAGAUUGAUGAAAAGAAAGGAACUGUAACCAAUGUAAGUCAAGGGCAUGGUGAAGGAGAACUAUGGGGUUUAGCAUCUCAUCCAACCAAGGAAGUAUUUGCAUCAGCUAGUGAUGAUGCUACUAUCAGGAUAUGGGAUGUUCCUAAUAAGAAAAUGUUGAACAAGGCGGUAAUUGGUACUCCAGCCAGGUCAAUAGCAUACAGUCCUGAUGGUGAGAAGCUAGCAGUUGGUCUUAAGAAUGGAGAGUUUGUCAUCUUGACUGUAGCUACACUUGAGAUGUGGGGAAGGAAGAGGGACAGGAGUAAAGCUAUUCAAGACAUCAAGUUUAGUCCAGACUCUAAGUACCUUGCUGUGGCAUCAGAUGAUGGCAGUGUUGACUUUUAUGACAUCAGCGCAGGGUCUGCACUGUCGAGGGCAGGCUUCUGUAAAGGCAUCUCUAGCUUUGUAAUACAACUUGACUUCUCAGCAGAUAGCAAGUAUAUACAGAUUGGUACUGGGACCUAUCAACGGUUAGUCUACACUGUACCAAGUGGGAAACCUGUUACAGAGAGCUCAGAUAUCCAGAAUAUCACAUGGGCUACAUGGACCAGUGUAAUUGGUCAAGAGGUCGUUGGUGUUUGGCCAAGGAAUGCAGAUAAGGCGGAUGUUAACUGUGCUAUAGUCAGUGGUCAAGGCAAUGCAAUAGCAACAGGAGAUGAUUUUGGCUUUGUAAAACUCUUCAAUUUCCCAUGCUCAGAGAAAUAUGCAUCUCACAAGAAGUAUGUUGGUCAUUCUGCACAUGUUACUAAUGUGAAGUUCAUCUAUGAUGACAGGCAUCUAGUUAGCACCGGAGGUGACGAUUGCUGCUUGUUUGUUUGGAAAUGUAGGUGAGAUUAGAUCAUUAGCCUUGAGAUCCACUCUUCAAUGCAGGGUUUCAGACAAUUCAAAGAAUAUCUUCAAUGAUGCAUUUAAAAAAGGAUAUUUUCCUGUAUCGGAGAAGCCAUCAACAGUUCAGUGUCCUUCAAAUUAUCAUGUUGUUCUAAAAGUGCGGAAUCUUUAAUGUUGGUUUACAUUUUGUUUUUCCUAUUGUAUAUGGUGUACAGUUCUGUCACAAUUGUGUUUAUAGACAAUUGUUGUUGUAUUUUGUGCCAAAAGCAUUGUCAAAAAUCAUUCUCAACUUCAGUAAGUUAUGGAUGGAGGUAGAUAAAUCAAAUCGAAAACAAUUUGUACUAUGUUACCUCAUGAUUUUUAAUAGCAUGAUAUGAUAGGUAUGUUCUUAAUCACCCCCCUCAAUCUGAGUUUGAAUGGUUAUUAUUUCAUAAUUUUACAUUUUAUGAGUAAUAAUCAAUGCAUGCUUUGUAAACAUGUUUUGUUGGUUGAAAUGAUUCCCCAAUUGUUCAUGUGAAUAUGACUUACAGAAUAUUGCAUUAAUUUAGGAUAUGGGUCAGGCCAUAAUGACAAAAAGUUGCAUUGUUUCAAAAUUAUUCAAGUUCAGUCACUGAGUUACUGAGCAGCUGACAAGAUUUAACUCUACUCAAAAGAAAUAUGUUCUUUCUUGACCUUUGUAACUUUUCGAUUUGUAGCUUAAUCUAUAUUUUGAAACUGCUCAUUUUCUGACGGUAUAAUCAAACACAGAGGAUAUCAUUUUAAAGAGGUUUGAUUAAUCCAAGCACGCAUUGAUUGUUACUGUGAGAAAGAGUAAUAGUCAGACAUUCAAAUAUUUUUUUAUAGGAGCAUUAAUAGUCUCUUGUUAAUUAUCUUGAUUGUUUAUUUUUUGUAAAAAAAAGAGAAGAUUUCUUAUGCACCCACCCUCUUCCUUUCACCCCAAGGAAAAGUUUCUUAGAUUUAUGGUAACUUUGCCAUCCAAGGUUACAACUAUGGUAACAGAGCUCAUUAACCAAUUAAAAUCAAAGUUUCUAUGGUAGAUAAUUACUUUACCCUUCAAGGUUUUAUUUAGUAGGACUAUGCCCCCUUGUAAAAUCAUAUUAGAAAAUGAUUUUACAAUGUCUUCCAACAAACACUUGAAUGUAUACUAUCUAUUUCUUGUUCAUGAGGAUGAAUCAGAUUUUUUCAACCAUUCUUUUCUUGAAAUCAAACAAUGUCGAUUGAUGGAGAUAUAUACAAGAUUCAUUCCAUGAUACAUUAUCUCUCUUUUUCAUAGCAUUUGAUGUAUUGCAGACUUUGUACAAGAUUGUAGAUAUGGAUGUCUAUAUGCCUUCAUUCAGAGUUCUAUCAUUCAGUAAAUCUGCCAAGAUUCUGGUUCAUAACAUUUGAAGCAUUUGUUAUGGUGUCAACACAUGUUCUUUAUGUUAUCUGUACAACAGUCAUAAUAGGGAUUAUGGUAUUUUCAGGUUAAAAAGUAAGAUUGAAAUAUAUGGAGAAGAAUUUAAACAGAAAAUAUAUUUUGUGCCUUACAAAUUCAAUGAUGGUUUGUAUUAUAAAGUGUAGAUUUCUAGAAACAUGACACAAGAUAUAUAAACAGUGAUUGUCUUGCUCAAAAACCCACAAUUAGUCAGGAUUUUCUGUAAAGAGUCAAUAGUAAUUUUGGCUUCAAAAUCAGUAUGUAGACAAUAUCCCUAUUUGAAAGAGUGACUUAUAUUUUACCUGCUUUCAAAAUAUGAUGCUGUGAAAGCAUUUUCAAUCACUAUGCACUUUUUUUUCUACUCAUAGUGAAAGGUAAAAGCUCUAACUUCAAGCUAUAUUUCUUUCAGAAAUACUCCUAAAUUGGUUCAAUUCAAUCUUUCAUACUGUAUAUAAAAAUCUCAAAUUCAUUUUCGCCAUUUAACUUAUUGUUGGUAUAGAGCUAGGUAUGUAAAUAUACUAAUUUGUGACCUGUUCUUAAAAACUUGGGAAAGUUCAAUUGUUAUGAGCAUAUGUAAACGUAGCUUUGUAUUUAGUAAGGAUUAUUCUGUUAAUUAGAAUUACAAUUGUCCGUUAUGAAGAUAACUUGCCCUCACACAGAAGUUAGUCCAUUAGGACCACAUGUAAAUCUGGUCUGAAUGACUCCCCUAGUUCUAUUUCUAAUUUUAGUUAAUCCAUUAUCGGAGACGUACGAUUUGAGAUAUCCUUGUAACUUGAGAAGAUUUUGAAAUUGCAUAGAUUAUCCUCAAAUUGCCCAGUAUUUAAAAUUCUUUACAGGCAUUUUUCAUAUCAUGUGAAUUGACAAUCAGAUUUUUGUUUUAAAAAAGUACUGCUUGUUUCUCAUUUCACAAUAUACUUGAAUGUAUUCUGGUUUGAAUGUUGGUUCUUUCCAUUUUUCGUCUGUUUAUGUCUUUCAUAGACCAUACCAAAUUGAUAAAGGCACAUAAGUAUUUCAUAUUGAACAAAUUAUGUGUAGUUCUUUUGAAUGUUAAAAAAAUAAAUGGGAAUAUCAGUUCUAAGAAUGAGCUGUGCAACUGAAUAGUUGAAUAGAAUUACUGUUUUGUCGUUAAGUGCUUUUUUAAUGCUUCUUCAAACUUAUAUUGCCAUUCUUCAAUCAUGUAAAGUAUACAUUUUAAAAAUAAUUCUACUAAUUUUUUAAUUCUACUAAUUCUUGUCUCAAUUUUUAUUUUCAAUUCUGAUUCAAUUUUACUUUUGUUGAAGUAUGAUACAUUUUGUGGUACACAGCAAAAGAGAAUGAUAUGGAUGUGGAUAUAGGCAUAUUAUAAAUGUCCAAGAGACUGUUUCAUAAAUCUGUCUGUAAGUUAUGUACAACUUUAUAUGCAACUGGUGACCCUUUCUUGUGCUUUGGUCUCCUGUCCUGUCCUGAAUUUUAUAAUGAAAUGAAUCUGAUUUGGCACGCAAGAAUAGGUCACCAGUCGUGCAUAAAACCAGUUUUAUAAAACACAACCCAGAUAUGAAAAUGUUGUGAAAGAGAAAGAAUACUGGAUUACUGUGGUCUGCAAACAUCAUCUCAGAAAUGCACUAGGAAUGUUGUAAUCUACACACUGAAAUGUACACCAAUCAAUGAGAGAAAAUGCUACCUUAUCUGCACUGACUGCCAAUUUGUGUUGAAGUUAAAAAGAAUGAUAAUUUUUUGCCCAAAAGGCACUGGCAAUGCUUCUUGGCUGGAAAAAUGAUCCCAUUCUGGCACUUCGUCACCGCGUGGUUGCAUGGCAUGUAUUUUGUUUAAUGACACCCCACCCCAAUCUCUGGUACCAGUCAGACAGUGUACAUUAUGAAAAAUAUGUUUAAUUGCUCUUGUAUGGAUUUGAUUAAUAUUUUGAACAGAAUGUCUGUAUUUGUAUCACAUUUUAUUCUUCACAUUUUAGGUAUUUGCAGAUGUUGUGGCUUCCAAUGAAGUCUAAGCCAAGCAAAGGCAUCAUACAUACCUUUAAAGCAAUGAAAACAGAUGAUCUAUUAAAUAUGAAAACUA